AUGGAGUCUGCUAAGAUAAAGGUUGUUGGUGUUGGUGGCGGUGGCAACAAUGCUGUUAAUCGCAUGAUAGGCAGCGGUUUGCAGGGUAUAGAUUUCUACGCCAUAAACACGGAUGCUCAAGCUCUUGUACAGUCUGCGGCUCGGAACCCACUUCAAAUUGGAGAGCUUUUGACUCGCGGGCUAGGUCUCCCACUCUUCUUUUGCGCACUCCUGUACUGGGGGAAUCCGCUUUUGGGAGAACAAGCAGCAGAGGAAUCAAAAGACGCCAUAGCAAAUGCACUUAAGGGCUCAGACCUCAUCUUUAUAACAGCUGGUAUGGGUGGAGGCACGGGAUCUGGUGCUGCCCCAGUUGUAGCUCAGAUAUCAAAGGAGGCAGGGUAUUUGACUGUUGGUGUUGUUACGUAUCCUUUCAGCUUUGAGGGGCGAAAAAGAUCCUUGCAGGCAUUAGAGGCAAUUGAAAAAUUGCAAAAAAAUGUGGAUACUCUCAUAGUGAUCCCCAAUGACCGCCUGCUUGAUAUUGCUGAUGAGCAGACACCCCUUCAGGAUGCUUUCCUCCUGGCUGAUGAUGUUUUACGCCAAGGAGUGCAAGGAAUUUCAGAUAUUAUUACGAUACCUGGACUAGUUAAUGUGGAUUUUGCAGAUGUAAAGGCAGUGAUGAAAAAUUCAGGUACUGCAAUGCUUGGAGUUGGAGUUUCCUCCAGCAAAAAUCGUGCUGAGGAAGCAGCUGAACAAGCAACUCUGGCACCCUUGAUUGGAUCAUCAAUCCAGUCAGCUACUGGAGUUGUAUACAAUAUUACUGGAGGAAAGGACAUAACAUUACAGGAAGUGAAUAGAGUGUCCCAGGUUGUGACCAGUUUGGCUGAUCCAUCUGCAAACAUAAUAUUUGGGGCCGUUGUAGAUGAUCGUUAUAAUGGGGAGAUUCAUGUGACCAUUAUUGCAACUGGUUUCUCACAGUCAUUUCAGAGGACACUUCUAACAGACCCGAAGGCUGCAAAACUGGUAGACAAAAUGGCAGGGAGUCAAGAAGCCAAGGGAAUUCAAGUUCCUCUCAAGUCCCCGACCUCAUCUUCCACUGUUCCAUCUAGACCAUCUUCAAGAAAGCUCUUCUUUUGA